UCUGCUCAGGCUUCAGUGCGGGCGAUAGCGCUGCUAAACAUGGCGACGGACGGGAUGAUUUUAACCAACCACGACCACCAAAUCCGAGUUGGAAUAUUAACAGUGAGUGACAGCUGCUUCAGAAACCUUGCUGAGGACCGCAGUGGAGUCAACCUCAAAGAUCUUGUCCAUGACCCGUCCUUGCUCGGAGGCAUAAUCUCUUCAUACAAAAUAGUCCCUGAUGAGAUUGACGAGAUCAAGGAGACACUGGUGGACUGGUGUGAUGAGAAAGAGCUCAACUUGAUCCUGACCACCGGUGGAACGGGCUUUGCACCCCGUGAUGUCACGCCUGAGGCCACCAGAGAGGUGAUUGAGCGUGAAGCUCCAGGGAUGGCUCUAGCAAUGCUCAUGGGUUCCUUAAAUGUCACGCCGCUUGGUAUGCUGUCCAGACCCGUAUGUGGAAUCAGAGGCAAAACCCUCAUCAUUAAUUUACCUGGGAGCAAGAAGGGCUCACAGGAGUGCUUCCAGUUCAUCCUGCCUGCUCUGCCGCACGCCAUAGACCUGCUGCGGGACGCUGCAGUGAAAGUGAAGGAGGUACACGACGCUCUGGAGGACCUGCCAUCUCCUCCUCCACCCCUCUCUCCUCCACCCACGACCAGCCCACACAAGCAGACAGAAGACAAGGGUGUGCAGUGUGAGGAAGAGGAUGAGGAGAAGAAGGACAGCGGUGUGGCAUCCACUGAGGACAGCGGCUCCUCUCACAUCACAGCAGCUGCUAUUGCUGCUAAGAGCAUGAAGUCUCGUCCCAGUCAUGCUGUUGUCAUGGCAAAAGGUGGGCAGCCCUUGAGUGCCUCCAUCCCGCCCACCUCCAUUCCCUCCCAUUUCACCUGCUCCUGCAGCGACAUGAUACCAGAAUCCAUAAUUUCACGGGGCGUGCAAGUGUUGCCACGGGAUACUGCCUCUCUUAGCACCACACCCUCAGAGUCUCCUUGUGCUCAGCAAUCCCGUCUCUCCACUGCCUCCUGCCCCACCCCCAAAGCCCGGCUCACCUCCUGCUCAUCCACUUAUAGUGUCACAGAGGCCUCACGGAGAGAGUUCAGAGCUCAUCUGGAUGAGGUCAUCACGCUCAAGCCAAGGUACUCUACCUUGGACCAGCUCCACUCUAGGCUGGAGGGGCUCAACGAUGAUCACCGGGGACAUAGGACCUUCGACUCGCGAGUGCAGUCACGAUGCAGCAGCAAGGAGAACAUCUUGAGAGCAAGUCACAGUGCAGUGGACAUCACCAAGGUAGCUCGAAGACACCGUAUGUCCCCUUUCCCCCUCACCUCUAUGGACAAGGCCUUCAUCACUGUGCUGGAGAUGACUCCUGUCCUAGGUACCGAAAUCAUCAACUACAGAGAUGGAAUGGGUCGAGUUCUGGCUCAGGACGUCUACGCCAAAGACAACCUGCCUCCUUUCCCUGCGUCAGUUAAAGAUGGCUACGCUGUUCGUGCUGCUGAUGGCCCUGGAGAUCGCUUCAUCAUUGGGGAGUCUCAGGCUGGGGAACAGCCCACUCUCACAGUCAUGCCAGGACAGGUGAUGAGGGUGACGACAGGGGCUCCAAUCCCAUGUGGAGCAGACGCCGUAGUUCAAGUAGAGGACACAGAGCUGCUACGAGAGUCUGAAGAUGGUACAGAGGAGCUGGAGGUGAGGAUCCUGGUUCAGGCACGUCCAGGACAGGAUAUCAGGCCUAUAGGUCAUGAUAUCAAGCGUGGAGAGUGUGUGCUGGCUAAAGGCACUCACAUGGGUCCAUCUGAAAUCGGCCUCCUGGCCACUGUAGGAGUCACAGAAGUGGAGGUGCAGAAAUUCCCAGUUGUAGCAGUCAUGUCCACCGGCAAUGAGCUGUUAAACCCAGAGGAUGACCUCCACCCAGGCAAAAUCAGGGACAGUAACCGAUCCACACUGUUGGCCACCAUCCAGGAGCACGGCUACCCCACUAUAAACCUCGGCAUUGUCGGAGACAACCCAGACGACCUACUGAAUGCCCUUAAUGAGGGCAUUAGUCGUGCUGAUGUCAUCAUCACCUCUGGUGGCGUAUCCAUGGGUGAGAAGGACUACCUGAAGCAAGUACUGGAUAUAGACCUUCAUGCCCAGAUCCACUUUGGACGAGUGUUUAUGAAGCCAGGUUUGCCUACUACGUUUGCCACCUUAGACAUCGAUGGUGCUAGAAAACUGAUCUUUGCCCUUCCAGGUAAUCUCACCUACAGAGACACAGGGGCGACUCUUCUGGAGCCAGUGCCCCUGAGUGACAGCGAGGCCAGCAGACUGCCUGUGCCUCCUCCCCCGCGUGGAAGUAACCCAGUGUCAGCUGUUGUAACCUGUAACCUUUUUGUCAUCCCUGCAUUAAGAAAGAUGCAGGGGAUCCUGGACCCAAGACCCACCAUAAUCAAAGCCAGGCUGUCGUGCGAUGUAAAGUUGGAUCCACGUCCAGAGUAUCAUCGCUGUAUACUAACAUGGCAUCACCAGGAACCACUGCCCUGGGCACAGAGCACAGGUAACCAAAUGAGUAGUCGGCUAAUGAGCAUGCGCAGUGCCAACGGCCUUCUGAUGUUGCCUCCGAAAACAGAGCAAUAUGUGGAGUUGCACAAGGGUGAAGUCGUGGACGUCAUGGUCAUAGGACGGCUAUGAUGUCAUCUUAAGAGGACAGACCAAGCAAAGAGCAAGAAAGUGGUGCAUGUCCACAUAUCAUUACUAUUCUGUAAUAUGCAACGGCACAGCUAGUUUUUAUUGAUUUGGAAAAAGUUGAUCCAGUAUACUCAACAUUUCAAACAAAGAAGCAAAUGUGAAUUUAUGAAAAUACAACUUAGAAGACAUCAUACUGUUUGUAAGACAGAAAAUAUUAUACCUUUUAAAGUGAAUAUAUAUAUAUAUAUAUAUAUAUAUAUAUAGCUCUGGAUAAAAUUAA